AUGGCCUUCAUAAUGCGCAUGAUUCUCGCUGUGCUAUCCAUCGCAUUACCAAUAUUUGUCCAUGGACGUCGUCAGCAGAUUGCAUUCUGCUCGCAAUCAUCAGCAUCUAGUGUUCCGUCUACUCUUCAACGAUUCGCUACGGAGCAUCAGUUGGUCACAGUAGGACGUACUGAUGUUAUAGAUUGGUGCAAUGCAACGUCGUCAGUGUUUCCUCCAUUCUACGCGUCAAUACAAUCGAAAUAUUGGCACGUGUCAUUGUUUGGAUACUGGCAACUGCGGAAGAUACCAUGUUUUCUCAUGGCUGCACCAGCAUUCUAUUUGGUAGUUUUCGGUGCGCGGCAGACGUGGCAGCGAGUGAAAUCGAAAAGAACUUUGUGGCAUCUUCUCGCAGAAAAAGGCGAUCAUGUGCCGUAUACCCUCCAUGCGAUAUUCAUGGCACUAGGAGCAUUGUUUGUAUAUAACGCGGAGGUUCUGACGCGGAUGCUGUUCUCCAGCUCUCCUUUCCCUUAUCUCGUCCUUGCACGCUGGAUAUCUGACAUUACACCACAGGUGCGACUUUCGGACCUAUUCGUGCCGCAGCCGCUACCGUUUCUGACUUAUUUCUGCCGUAGAGGACUCCCAGAGUUCCUCUUGUAUCUCUAUCUCAUGGUCUACCUAAUAUUUGGCACCACGAUGCAUGCCAUGUGGUUGCCAUUCACCUGA